GUAAAGUGAAACAUGAUAAUUGCCCAUCGCAUAGCAUUGAUUGACUAUUGUCUGUUGCUGAGGAGUGAGGGAUUCAAGUAGUAGUUUAGAUUCGUGAUCCUGUGUUUCAGAGAGAUUGUUGUUGGAACUCGUCGAAGAUAGGAUGACCGAGGGAGACGUCCUCGCCCGCCUUACCGAUGAUUCUCAGCACAUCAAAACUCUUUUGAAGCUGAUCCCUGUGAAAUUCUACUGUUCAACCGGAGAAACAGAGUACAAAGAAGGGCACGAGCCCUGGAUAAAGAAGGCGAAUAGGCCAGCUGAGAGCAAGAAAUUGAAGCAGCAAGACCAGAAAAAGAAACAAAAUAAAGCGGAGAAAGGCGAGCGUCAUCCUGAACAGCAGAAAAGUGCUGGCAAGGCAGCCAGUGGACAAGGGAAGAGCAAGAAUGCAGCUCAGAAGAAAGCAGUAAAGCCAGCAGCAGAGAGCGACAGUGCAGCAAACGGCAGUGACUCCGCAGCUCUAGUUUACAAUAAGAUUGAUGUGACCGACAGGCCGGACGAUGGCAAGAAGUUCAAGAAGAAGAGAGACUUGAAGAAGCUCAUAAGCAAAGCAGAGAAGCGACAGCAGCGCCUGGAAGAACUCAAGACUACUGACAAGGACGCAGCACAGGAGAAAGAGAAGACUGCAACGUGGAACAGAGCAAUGAGAUUGGCAGAAGGUGUCAAGUUAAAAGACGACCCAAAGCUACUGAAGAAGAGUUUGAAGAAGAAGGAAAAGAUCAAACAGCAGAGCAAGAAGAAGUGGCAAGAGCGCGUGAGCAUGCAGAAGAAGAAACAGCAGGAUGCCAGUGAAAAGCGGCAAACGAAUAUCAAGAAGAGAAUACAAGACAAGAAAGAGAAGAAGCAGGCAAAGAGAGAUAAGAGGAGAUGAGCGAUCUGACAGUUGAUAACACUGGCUUGUGCUGUUCUUGAUGCAAUCCCACGUCAUGAGUCAGUGGCCGGUGCCGGUCAGCCCUGGUAUUGUGAGCACCGCACGGCAUUAUCUUGCUCAUGGAGUCGGGUUUCAUCACGCGGUGGGGGGGGGGGGGGGCACCUGCAAUUCCCAUCCAGCAUGCUCUUGGUCAGACUUUUCUCCGGUAGACUGUACGGUGAACGUGCCACACGCUUCACAUGUAACCCCCUGGGGGGUUUUGUACUCUUGUUUAAUAGUAGAGUCUACCCAGGACCUGGACAUGCCUGAUGGCAUGUGUACAUGUAAGCCCGUGUUACUUAUUGCUGACCACAUUGGACUGGAAAUGUCCAGAACUUCAAUUUGAUGUAGUAUUUUAUUGACCAUCUUAACAAUCGUAUGUCUGACAGUUAGACCUGUUGUUGGAUUACUACUUUCUACUGGACAGUACUCGCUACUUUCUGCUAGGCAGUUUUCUUGUUCUUUGUAUCUUGUUCAGUUCCCUACUCGACUUCAGGAAAUGCACAGGGAAUGUUCAUGUAAUUCUAUUGCAAUCCUAUUGUGAAAGUCCUACUCUUGUACAAUCAAAGUCAUGUACAUGUUGUAGACUGACACUAUCAGAUGCAUGCAGUGCAGGACUGCUCCUCUAGGGCUAUGCUUGUGCUGAUUUCAAUGUCCACAACCGUACUUGUACAUGUGCUGUAGUGAGUUGGGAUAUUUCCCUGGCAUUGCCGCAAGAGCACCCUACCAUCUCGA